AAGGUAGCAGAAGCUGCUAAUUUCCUGUCACCUGGUGUCAAAGGUACCCCUCCUGACCUGGUGUGUCUCACUCAUCUUCAAGUACUUGAGAUAGAAGAGGCCAGCUGAUCUCAGCCGUGAGCGGCUAAUUUGGCCCUUGAGCCUUGAAGCCUUGGAGACCCAGGAGUUUGAAAACAGAAUGACAACACCCAGAAACUCAGCAAGUGGACCUUUCCCAACAGAGCCUACAAAAGGCCCCCUUGCCAUGCAGCCUGCUCAAAAAGUGAACCUCAGAAGGACAUCUUCACUGGUGGGCCCCACACAAAGCUUCUUCAUGAGGGAAUCGAAGGCUUUGGGGGCUGUCCAAAUCAUGAAUGGCCUCUUCCAUAUUUCCCUGGGGGGACUGCUGAUGAUCCCCACGGGGGUCUUUGCACCCAUCUGUUUGAGCGUAUGGUACCCUCUGUGGGGAGGCAUUUUGUACAUUAUUUCAGGAUCACUCCUGGCAGCCGCAGCAGAGAAAACCUCCAGGAAGAGUUUGGUCAAAGCGAAAGUGGUAAUGAACUCUCUGAGCCUCUUUGCUGCCAUUUCUGGAAUAAUUCUUUCAAUCAUGGACAUACUUAACAUUACAGUUUCUCAUUUUUUAAAAAUGGAGAGACUGGAUCUUAUUAAAACUCCCAAGAUAUAUGUUGAUAUCUACAACUGUGAACCAUCUGAUUCCUCAGAUAAAAACUCCCCAUCUACAAAGUACUGUAACAGUGUGCAGUCUGUGUUCUUGGCCAUUCUGUCGUUGAUGCUGAUCUCUGCCUUCUUCCAGAAACUUGUGUCAGCCGGCAUUGUGGAGAAUGAGUGGAAAAGAAUGUGUUCCCAACACAAAUCUAAUGUGGUUCUGCUGUCAGCUGGAGAACAAAAAGAGCAGAAGAUUACAAUGAAAGAAGAAAUCAUUGAGCUAAGUGGGGUGUCUUCCCAGCCAAAGAAUGAAGAGGAAAUUGAAAUUAUUCCAGUGCAAGAGGAGGAAGAAGAGGAAGCAGAAACAAACUUUCCAGCACCUCCCCAAGAGCAGGAAUCCUUGCCAGUGGAAAAUGAGAUUGCUCCUUAAAGUCUUCUUUUAUAAGCUUUAUUGUUUAUAGAGCUUCCAAGACACAUAGUUACCCUUCUCUCUUGUGGCCUUUCACAAUCUAUUCUCCAUAUUUCCACAGCUUAUCUUUGCAUAGAGAAGCCACAUCUAGCUCUCCUUCACAUUUGGAGAAUGCAGUGAUUAUAAAAGAUUGUCUUUGUCCUUGCUUAGGGAGUCUUACAUUGGCAAAAAUGUUGAAGAAUGUAAUUCUCAUUCACCUUUUCCUUGGAUGGGUAGUCUCAGGAGUGGUAAUGGGUUUUCCUCAUUUCCUCCAUCAGCAGUUACAGCAGAGGGAAAAGACACAUGAUUGUUUCAUUCAUCUAUGAACUCUCUUGACUCGUUCUACACGUUUACUGGAGUCCCUUUUGCAUUAGGGAUGUUUGAAGGAAAUAGUAAUAAUAAUGAGAGAAAAUAAGACACCUAUAUACCUGUGUGGAAGGCACAAAAUAUGGCAUGUUCUUCAAGCUUCUGUAUCCCACUUGCGAAGCUGUGAGAGGACUAUUCCUAAGCCUGUCUCUGUACAAAAAGCAUAGCUUACACAUAAGCAAGUCUCUGUGUCUUAACUUUGCCCAACUCCAGUUUCUUGGCUUCUGGUCACAUUGUUUAUGUAUUUGUAUUCUGUAGUCAAGAGAUGAAAGAAUGGUGAGACAGAAAUAUCAUUAAUGGGCACCCAGGUCUCAAAUCAUAAGCAACAGCUAUCUGUGCUUACAAGGCGCUUUCCAGAUGACAGAAUACUUUAUGAAAUAGUUUCAUUUGAUCUUUCAUGACCAUGAAAGAAUCCCUAUCACUAUUUUGCAAUUAAGUUGAAAGUAAGAAGCAAGCCAAGGUAUUCUAUAAUAGUUGUGGGGACUUGAGUCAGUCCCAGCUCUUCAAAUUCUAGUGAUGUUUGAAAUAACCAAAUAAUCUAUGCCCAUAAGUCUGCAUAAGCAAUAUGAAAGAACAUACUCUAUAAACAAUAUGUUGAGUUACGAAGGAGUCAGAAUUGGAUUUGACACCAUAUGAAUAAAGACACCCAUAAUCUUACAACAUUUGGAAAACUAGUCAUGACAUUAAUAUGCAAUUAGCUGGUAAGUUAUAAGAUGCACUAUAAAUACGUCUUAUAUGCACUAUACUACAAAAAGAUAUUGCUAAGAAACGGCACAGUUAAAAUACCAAAUCUCAGGCCACCAUACUUUCCCAUCCCUGUUCUUGUGCAGGGAUCCUAGCACUGUUAGCCUAAGAAGAUCUCACCAUAACCUAUCAUUCAUACCAUGACCAGUCUGCUUCUAAACAUGAUGGGUAUAUGAACAAUUUAAGUUACAUUCCUUGGAAUAUUUCUAUGUUUUUAGAGGCUACUGGUGGGAGAAUUUUCCUGUAAUUACAAAGAAAAUGGAAGUAGAACUUUUUCCCUGUGUGGUCUUCAAAAGAAGUUCUAAGUAAAUAAAACUUUGUGUCCAUGCCUGUGAUAGAUAACUCCA